GUAAACGAGUUUUAAAAACCUGUCUUUUAUUGCGAGUGUGAAUUAUUUGGAUUAAGUUCGUAAAAAUUUAUUGAAAAUAUUGAUAAGACAUCGGGUUAAAGGCCAAUAAAGCAAUUUUCAAUGCUAAGAUAUAUUGAAUUUGUUGGUGGGAAGCUCUCAUUUUUCUGCUGAUCAUGAAGAAGAGUUGUGAGUAGAAGCAGUCACACUUUUUCCGUAAAAUGUCGGCCAAAGUCCUACAAUAUGACACACACGAGUUGGAAACUUUCCUCCCUCACAGCCAACCAACUUACAUCAAUCCAGUACCCACCCAAAUUUAUUAUUUCGGCUCUUCUUACGAAGCCAAUUUAAAACAAUACUUGCUUGCUGCAAGAACAACACGUUAUGGAAGUGUUUAUAAAUCACAUCAAAAAUUCAUCUACAUUAGACCUAGUCCUCAAGUUGAUGUUAAGGUGACAGUGAGUGAAAAUGAGAAAGAUCUGGGCCAAGUUAAGGAAGAUUUUGACCCGUUCAAAGCCCGACAUUUGGACCAACCUGUCUCGAGCGGCGCCACCCUCACCCACCUCCUCAAAUCCUCCCUCGGCACCGGCAUCCUCUCAAUGCCUGCAGCAUUCAAAGCUUCCGGCCUCUGGCUUGGUGUCAUCACCACCAUGUUGGUAUCCCUAAUUUGCACACACACUGCCUAUGCUCUAGUCACCUCGGCUCACGCCUUGUACCGCAAAGCGGGCAAAACGUCGAUGAGCUAUGCGGAAGUUGCCGAAGAAUCCUGUCUUCGGGGACCCCCCUGGGCGAAAAAAUACGCCUUCUUGCUCAAACAAUUGGUCUUAUGGGCGAUUUUCGUAACUUAUUACGCCACAGGAAGUUGCUAUGCUGUUAUAGUUGCCGAGAAUUUCAAUUACGUGGCCUUCAACUAUUUAGGGAAUUUUGAUAAAAGAAUCACUAUAGCUAUGUUGUUUUUGCCCUUUUUGCUCAUUGCCUACGUGCCAAAUUUGAAGUAUUUGGCACCAGUAUCCAUGGUUGCCAAUUUUUGUAUGGCUAUAGGAUUAGGGAUCACGUGUUAUUAUCUCCUGAAUGACAUUCCGUCCAUUUCUGACAGACCGGCAGUGACAAAUCUGGCAACGUUGCCUGUUUGCAUCAGUAUAGUGAUUUUUGCAAUUGAAGCUAUCGGAGUUGUAAUGCCACUUGAAAACAACAUGAAAUCGCCACAAAAAUUCGUCGGACUUUUUGGAGUACUUAAUCAAGGGAUGACUUAUGUGACCAUCCUGUAUAUAAUUUUAGGUUUCUUAGGGUAUCUCAAAUAUGGUGAUCUUACGGCUGAUUCAAUCACGUUGAAUCUUCCACGAGAGGAAUAUGCUGCCCAAGCUGUGAAUCUCCUUAUCGGCCUUGCAGUAUUCUUCACUUACGGUCUAGUGUUUUACGUGUGUUUGGACAUUUUCUGGACCGAAAUCAAGCACCGUUUCACCACCAAAACAGCACUUGCUAAUUACGCCCUAAGAACUAUUCUUGUGAUGAUAAAUAUCAUAAUUGCGAUUCUAGUGCCUGCCAUUGUACCGUUUGUCGGUUUAAUCGGAGCGUUUUGUUUCUCGAUUUUGGGACUUGUAUGUCCUGUGAUUAUCGAAAUAUUUACGUUUUGGGAUCAGGGAUUUGGGAAGUUUUAUUGGAAAUUGUUUAAACAUUUGGUCGUUGUUUGUAUGGCGUUGCUUGCUGUUGUUUUUGGGUCGAAAGCGGCCAUCUCUGAUAUUGCAAAAACAUUUCACUGAAGCUUUGAAUGCUAAUAUAAAGCUCUAAUAUUUCGAAUCUUCGAGAAAAAAAAGGUUAUAACGUAAAACUUGACUAUUUAUUUGUGUUCUUUGUUUGUAAUAAAAUUAAAAUUACUUCUUCUUGAA